GGGAGUUUCAUUCAGUGCUGCUGAGCUCUGCCCCCUCCUCCCUUCCGGCUGCUGUUCCUGCCAGGGCUGUAGUCUAAGGCGGGAAGGAGGUCAGGGGGCUUUGCAGCUGGCUGGUAAGCUGGAUGAGGCUGGGAGGGUGAGAGACUGGAUCCGAUGUGGCUGAUGUACUGCUUCCUGUGGCUGUUCUUUAGGGUGCUGAUUUUUUCUCUGGCUGCCCCAUGUACCUGCAGCUCUCCAGGGUCCCUCAGCAGGACCAGCACCUUUUGCUAUCAGGAGGUCUUUGGGAGCACAGGGGCUGCUGGCACCAGAUAUCUGAGUUUCCUUAGCCAGAGCUCUGAAGACUUAGUGCUCUUCCAGAGCACAUGGGACAUGAACAGGCACCUACUGGCAUGCUCCAUCCAGAAAGAGGCCUCAGUAACACACCUGUACCAGGACUUCUGUGCUCAGCAUCUACAGAACAACUUUUCUGGCAGCUCUUGGAGCCCAGCACUUCAGCGGGACUUGGAUGCCCUAGACAAACAGAGGAAUGCUUGCACCAGGAUUGAAACCGUGGGAGCAGGUGGACCCAGAAUAAGGAGAGCACUCAUGGAAAAGAGGGCAGAACCACCCCCAGAGAAGGUUAGGCACCGGAGGAGCCGGCGGGGCUGGACAAUGCCAGGGACACUGUGGUGUGGAGCUGGGGACUCAGCAAAGAACUUCACUGAGUUAGGAAUCUUUCAGGGCCCAGACUUGUGCUGCCGAGAACAUGACCAAUGUGCAGAGCAGAUCACUGCCCUGGAGUACAACUAUGGCAUCCGCAAUUACCGUUUGCACACCAUCUCCCACUGUGACUGUGAUGCCAGGUUCAAGCAGUGCUUACUGGAUCUGAAUGACACCAUCUCCAACAUCAUUGGCAUCACCUUCUUCAACCUGCUGGAAAUCCCAUGCUUUGUGCUGGAGCAAAGUGAGGAGUGCAUGGAGUGGCACUGGUGGGGAGGGUGUAACCGCUAUGGCUUGGUGCCUCUGGCACGGGUAAUGGAGCAAGGCCAGUACCACUAUGACCCUGCCCUGGGGAAGACAGGCAGCCCUACCCCAUACCCUCCUUCCCCAGACAAAGGCAAGAAGCCCUCUAGGCUGGACAAGAAGCACAAGAAGCACAAAAAGCAGAUGGGAAAAAGCCCUGCUAGGGCCAUGAAACAUGGUGACGGCAUCCAGAGUUUGCAGAGCCACAUGAAGGACCAGAAGCCCAUGACACCCUUGCUGCCCAGGAGGUUGGACACACUGCUCCUUACUCCUAACAAGAGUAGGGUCUCACCCACAUUAGGGCAUGUCCCAGCAUCAGUGAGGCAAAAACCAGGUACUCUUGCUACAAGUACCUCAUUGGAGCAGGGCACCAUGACAGGGAAAGAACACCUGUCCACAGGAGGGUACCAUGUGGAGCAGAAGGUACAGCACCAAACCAGGGGUCCAGCAUACUCUGCCCAAAGGACCAACUCCAUGAAGCAGAGAGUGAUUCCCCCUCCAGCCUUGGAGAUGCACAGGGUAAUCCCUGCACCACAUCAGAACAAACAGCACCACCUGACAAGGAGCUGCAGGUGCUACCAGCGCCUUGACCAAUGCGAGCACAAGAUUGCACCCAAUGAACUUAAGUAUCAGCUGCACAACCUGGACUUCCGGACUCUGUUCCAUUGUAACUGCACCCGCAGGCUGGCACGGUUUCUGCGUAGGAUACAGAGUCCCAACGAGAUGGAAGAGUUGGUGCUGUCCGACUACAUCUCCAUGGGCUGCUUUGUGCUGGAGCCACCUGCAGGCUGCUUGGCUGGAGAGGACCAGCAACCCAACUGUAUUGGCAAGGGCCGGGCUGUCCUUGUGCCUGCAGGGCAUCUGAAGAACACACUGAAGAGAUGGGGGAAGCAACCCCCAGCCCCCGUCAAAGUCAAGCGGCAAGAAUGGGAGGCACAAGGUGGAACAAUCGGGCUCUAUAACAAGUGUCUCCAGCUGGCCAGGGCAGUGCAGAGACGUGAUGCUAAGCUUGGUACAUCACUUCCCCGAGCCAAGGCAGCCUCAGAGCAUAUGGACACAGCAUGGGAAAAUCCACAGGCACAUACAGGCAGUGCAUCAUACUGACUUCACAGCCAGCACUA